AUGCCCAUUACAACUCCUACAAUUGAUCCUUAUGCCGACCUUCUCGAGCAGCUAGAGGACAAGUACACCAGUCAGGCAUUCCCUAAGGAUCCGCUCAGCUUUGAGAUCCUUUCCACGAUCAGAUACGACCCCAGCUUGACGCAAACUGCCACCAUCUCAAAGGACCACUUCUUUCUCUAUGAUGAGCACUACAAUCGGUUGUCGUUUGCGUUGAAGUACUUCUACCUCCAAUUUCACGGCACCACCGAGUACCCUUUCGAGAUCACCUCACUGUUCUUAUUGGAGAAGUUGACGGAAGCGAUUGUCAAGUCCGACAAACCCACCACCCAGCCAUACAAACUCAGGCUUUUGGUCAAACUCGACUCUUCAGUAGCCAUAGAGGUCCAUGACACCCCCCCAAGAGCCAACUUGUUGGACGGAUUGCUAGACACAACCGAGCCUCAGUGGGAUGUGUACGUGAAGAGAGACCCCAUCUUGAUAUCUCCAUUCACCUCAUUCAAAACUACCAACAGAAAAGUAUACUCCGAUGCCAGGGCCUUUUUGCCGGCAAAACGACCUGGCCACGAAGAGAUAUUGUUGAAGAAUAGCCAUGGCCACUUAAUGGAAGGGACUAUCACUAACGUUGCAGUCAAACGCAAGUCCGAUGGGGUCUGGGUGACUCCUCAAUUGAGCUCAGGGUGUCUCUGUGGAGUUACCAGACACUUUUUGUUGAGAAAGAACUUCAUCCAGGAGGAAACUAUAUUCAUGGCUGACCUCGAGCCUGGAGCCGAGAUCUUGUUGUUCAACGGAAUCAUGGGAGUGGUACGGGCCAAGGUCAUUGGAGAAGUCUAG